AUAGACGACCUCUGCAGACCUCCGUCAGCCGCGUAUCGGCUGUUGACGUUUGGAGGAACUCCGCGGGGGUAUACCUGCUCCUCCGCUCUCAUUUUCACUAAAAUAUCGCUGUUUAUAAUGACCACAUUAAUAUUAGCUGUUUCACACAGAGAAACCUCCAAAUAACCGGCACCAGAAUCCGCAGAGGUCGGUUAAAAAUCUCCGUCAGCGGUAUUCUGGCAGCGCACCAUCACCGCUGACAGGUAUGUCUUCAUCCGCCGCUCGAGACCUCACCGUAAAAAAGAAGCACGUCCGGUUCGCCAGCAUGGAGGAAGACGACGACGGCAACGAUGACCAGGAGGAAGACACCCUGUUUGACAAGAGGAAGGACACGAGGAGAGGGCCGAGGAGCGUGCUGAAGGCGGCGAAGAGGACGGCGGAGCUGAGAUGCGACGACCGGGUGGAAGUGGUCGGCGGCGCGAGGGGCGGACACGGCGCAUGUGGCCGCUGGACGAUCACCCUCGCGCUGUGUGUCUCCUUCCUGGGCUUGGGAAUGAGCAUCUCCAUUCUGGGCCCCACGUUCCAGGAUCUGGCCAUGAACGUGAAUAGGAACAUCAGCAACAUUUCCUACAUCUUCAUCGGUCGCUCUGCAGGAUACAUCGGUGGAUCCCUCAUCGGAGGCAUCCUUUUUGAGUGCAUGAACCCCCACCUCCUGCUAGGUAUCUCCAUGAUGAUCACAGCAUUCGGGAUGUUUGCCAUCCCGUUCUGUAAGCAGGCCGUGCUCCUCACAGGCUUCAUGUCCAGCAUCGGGAUGUCGAUGGGCGCUCUGGAUACAGGUGGGAAUGUGCUCAUCCUGAACACAUGGGGGGAGCAGGCGGGUCCUCACAUGCAGGCUCUCCACUUCAGCUUCGCGGCCGGAGCGUUCGUGUCUCCGAUCAUCGCCAAGGUUCUGUUCGGCUCCGACAGGAACGGCAGCUCGGCGCCGGCCAACUCCACACCUGCUGACAACCACACCAUCAUCCACUACAUCCACAGCAGGAGCGACACCCUGCGCUCCAUGUGGGCCUACAUCGUGAUCGGCUUGUUCCUCUUCGUCGUCUCCUUCCUCUUCUUCAUCCUGUGCUGUCGCAGCGGCGGGUCGCGGGACGAGUCUCCCGGCGCCGCUUCAGGGAAGCCUCUGAUGGCCAAACAUCACCUGGCUCUGGUCGUCCUGCUCUUCUUCUUCUUCUUCGCUUACGUAGGAGCGGAGGUCGCCUACGGCUCCUUUAUCUUCACCUUUGCUAAGGACUUCAUCCACAUGCCUCAGGCCCAGGCGGCCGGGCUCAACUCGCUGUUCUGGGGAUCGUUCGCCGCUGUUCGAGGGUUGGCCAUCUUCUUCGCGGCCUGCAUGUACCCGGGCACCAUGAUCCUGCUGUGCCUGGUGGGCUCCACCAUUUCCUCUCUUCUCCUCUGCCUCUUCAGCCAGCAGAAUGUGGCGCUGUGGGUCUGUACCGCGAUCUACGGCGCCUCCAUGGCCACCACCUUCCCCAGCGGCAUCUCCUGGCUGGAGCAGUACACCACCAUCACGAGCUACACGGCAGCAACCUUCGUGGUGGGCGCAGCGCUGGGUGAGAUGGUGCUGCCAGCGCUCGUCGGCUCCCUGCUGGGAAAGUUCCCGAAGGAGCCUCUGCUCAUGUACCUGUCACUCAUCACGUCCGCCUUCACCGCCAUCCUGUUCCCUGUCAUGUACAAGCUAGCCACGGUGCCCGACGGGCCGAGCAGGAUGCCGCGGGUCCGGGGUGGACCCAAUGCCGAUGACAGCGAGUUCCGCCAGGCGCUGCUGGACUCCGGCGCCGAGGAGGACGAGAACGAGGCUGAUCAGUGGAAUGACGCAGACUUUGAGGUCAUUGAAAUGGACGACACGACGAGUCUCCACAGCUCACCCAGCAAGGCGGCAUCUCUGGGAGACAGCGACGGUCCACCAGCAGCAGAACCGAACUUCUCCGACACGCCUCUAUGGGCAGAGUCGCCCAGACGGGGGAGAGUCCUGCUGGCUCUGGACCGAGAGAAGAGAGACUGAUCCCUAGACCUCCACCUGAGGCCGUUUGACCGGAUCAGAACCAACAUGGCAGCAUCUUCUACAGCGCUGGAUGAAAAGAGGGUCAAAUUCUGACCUGAUCAGGGUGCAGAGUCCAAUUCCCAGGAUGAGCAGGGAUUUAGUGCCUUGCAUGAGGACAUGUGGGCAGAGUGGAGGUAUCCUCCUCACCUUCAUCAACCUGCAGAUGUUUUAAACUUCUUGUUGGUGUUUUUGUUCUUCUCCGAUGCUUUCACAGAGUCUGUCUGAAUGUUGAAUCCUGAUCAUUGAGGAAGCCGUUUGCUUUUUCUGGUUUUAUUAGAUCAAAUUGAACCUUCACCCACAGAAAUGUCCAUUAAAAACAAGCUAAUCAGAAA